GGCGAGCGGACCGGGCCGCUGCCUCUUUCCGCCCGGCCCCAGCGCUGCUCGGCCGCGUUAAGCCUCGUGUCCCCGUGGCGUUGUCGAGAAAUGCCGGCGAGACUCAGCUGCCAGCCCGAGGAGCCCCAGCCCGCUAUGGAGGCGGAGCCCGUGAACCCGAAGAUGCACAAGAAGAGCAAGAAAGAUAAAGAGAAGAGAAAACACUUGGAAGAGAACAUCAUUUCUGAAAAAAAGUCUAAGCACAAAGAAAAUGGCGUGCUCGAUGAGCAGCAGCAGUCAUCAGAUGAAAGUGACCUGAAGCCCCCCAAAGCAAAAAAACACAAGUCAGCCAAGGAUGACAAAGACGGAAAAGCUGAAAGAAAACGCAAACGGGAAGAAAAAAAUGGGCUUGUAAUAGAAUUAAAAUCUGAAGCCGUUCCAAGUUCCAGUGAUGACUCCAGACAGUGUUCAGAGGGUGAAAUUGAGGAGGAGCUUACACCUGAACAGAGGGAAGGAGCCUUCUCAAACUUCAGAAUUUCUCCAGAGACUAUUAAACUGCUCAAGGGCCGAGGGGUGACCCACCUGUUUCCGAUACAAUCUCAGACCUUCAACCAUAUCUACGACGGGAGUGACUGCGUGGCACAGGCCAGAACAGGCACGGGCAAAACCUUUUCCUUCGCCAUCCCAUUGGUAGAAAAGCUGCAGCUGGAGAUGACCGACCAAAAGAGGGGACGGCCUCCAAAGGUUCUAAUACUUACCCCGACAAGGGAGCUGGCGAUUCAGGUGGCGAGAGAUAUCAAGGAUAUCACCAGAAAACUUUCUGUCCCUUGCUUUUACGGUGGAACAGCGUACAAUGGCCAAAUGGACAGCAUCCGCAACGGCAUCGACAUUCUGGUGGGGACACCUGGCCGGAUCAGGGACCAUUUGCAAAACAUGAAGAUCGACUUAUCCAAACUAAAGCAUGUGGUUCUGGACGAAGUGGACCAAAUGCUUGACAUGGGUUUUGCCGAGCAGGUGGAGGACAUUUUGGGCACCGCAUACAAGAAAGAUUCCAAAGACAAUCCUCAAACACUCCUCUUCUCUGCGACCUGUCCUUCCUGGGUUUAUGAUGUUGCAAAGAAGUACAUGAACAGCAGUUACAAACAGGUCGACCUUAUUGGCAAACGGACUCAAAGGGCAGCGACAACGGUAGAACAUCUGGCCAUUACAUGCCAUUGGUCACAGCGGCCAUCGGUCAUCGGUGACGUCAUCCAGGUGUACAGCGGCAGUCACGGGCGGACUAUUGUCUUCUGUGAGACAAAGAAGGAAGUAAACGAGCUGGCGAUAAACAACUGUAUAAAGCAGGAAGCUCAGUGCCUGCACGGGGACAUUCCACAGAAGCAGAGGGAGAUCACGUUGAAGGGGUUCCGGGACGGCAGCUUCGAGGUCCUGGUCGCCACCAACGUGGCCGCCCGUGGCCUGGACAUUCCUGAAGUCGAUCUGGUCAUCCAGAACUGCCCGCCGAAGGACGUGGACUCGUACAUUCAUCGUUCCGGGCGUACUGGUAGGGCCGGGCGAACUGGGGUCUGCAUCUGCCUGUAUCAGCGCAAGGAGGAGACCUCUCUGAGAACCGUAGAGGUGAAAGCUGGUUUGAAGUUCAAGCGUGUGGGAGUUCCAACGACCUCCGACAUCAUCAAAGCUUCCUGCAAAGAUGCCAUCAGGUCCUUGGAUUCCGUUCCAGCGUCCGUGAGUGAACAUUUCCACGCCGCGGCCGAAACCCUGAUCGAGAAGCGAGGAGCGCUGGAGGCCUUGGCUGCUGCUCUGGCGCACAUUUCAGGAGCAAAGAGUCUCGAUCAACGUUCUCUCCUUAACUCGGAAAAAGGGUUUACAACCAUGAUGCUGGCGUGUUCAAUAGAGAUGCACAACAUUGGCUUUGCAUGGAGAGGACUGAAGGAGCAGCUGGGAGAGACAGUGGAAAAUCAAGUGAAGAGGAUGCAGUUCCUGAAGGGCAAAAUGGGAGUGUGCUUUGAUGUCCCUGAAGAUGCUGUGGAAUCUUUGAAGGGAAGCUGGCAGGACAGCCGCCGAUGGACGCUCAGCGUGGCGGACGAGCUGCCCGAGCUGGAGAAUGACCGGAGGGAGCAGGAAGGCAACUUCAGGAGGCACGCCAAUUGGAGUCAAAACGGCAGAGGCAUGAAGAGGAGUUACAACAACGCAUACAGAGGGUGGUGAUGGAGGCCAGGCGCCUUGUCCCAGACCGAAUGCUUUUAAAUAACUCCUUGCAACGACACCUUGGAUGCAUCGUGCCGUGCCGAGCUCUGCUGGGCCCAAGGACCUUUGAAUUCACGGGACAUUGGCAGAAAUUGUUGGAUAACAGCUAUGUGGUAGAUAUGAGGGUCAAUUACCGGGAUGCUAGGUUAUAAAGAUAUUAAAAAGUGUUCCUUUAA